GAUAGUUGUCUUCUGGUCGCGAUUUUUUCCCCAAUUUCCGUGGAAAAUAACCAGAUUGCAAUGAGCCGCCGUUUGGCCAAGUUACACAAACCAUGCGACAAGCUAGAUAAAUACGAUAAUGAGCCGUACAUGCAGAAUCCUUUGCUAAAUUUGUUUCUCUCCGAUGUCAAGGAACGACGCCAUUACACUUUCAUCCAAAGAAAGGCUGCCGUGGAAAAAGUCAAACUAUGUCGUCGAAAAACGGAAGAUUUGGAUGACGUCGUCCCAAAACCCGAAUCGUACUACGCAGAUCAACUACGAGAACACGCUAAACGAGCUCCGGUCCCUAAGAUGCUAUCCAAAACCGAAGCGAAAAUCCUGUCGUACGUUCCAAAACGGUUAAGCCAGCAAUACCCUGCCGUCUUGGCAUCGUACAUGAAAGAGGUUCAUGAGGAUUUCGACAAGGUGAUGAAAGCAUUUAGCUGCCAAAAAAUAAUCAAACCAGGACCGGACGACUAUGUUCCACCCAGAGAAAAGUUUGAGUUUAAACACCUUGGACGUACAAACAAUUAUAAACUCUUUCUCAAGCAUAGAGCGACUAUACAGAAAAAUCUGCUGAUUCCGUAUCCGUUCAUUCGAUGUAUUAUUCAUUACUCCUAUACGGACCUACCGGCGGUUUUAAACGACUACACACAGUAUAGGAUGCCGACAGAAAUAACCUUGAAUGAGCUUCGCGAUAUGGCCAAGAAGGAGCUGCAAACCAACAACAAUCUCAUUGCCCAAGAAUGGUAUCCAAAGAUCACACGGAUCCUUAAAAAACACUACGAUCGUCGUACGCUACCAAAAUCCAUGUGGCCGAAGGUGAUCAGUUGCGCAUCCAGUUUGAUCAACCGACAACUGACUGAGUUGAAAUUGCGCACCAUCGAGCACCUGGAAAAGACCGUUCUCAAUGUUCACAAAAUUCCUCAAAUGAAGAUCCUCGCCAUCUGCGACGAUGGGAUUGAUCUGUUUCCAAGCUUAAACGAUAUUUACAGUGUGUAUCAGAAUGCAAUUGAGGACAUAUCUGCGGCUGGAUCACGCAUCGAACCACUCGAAAGUCUGAUUGAUGCCCAAUCAUUUGUGACAAAAGCAAAUUUUAUGAAAAUUGGAAUCGGUGAUAUAUCGCUGCUGGAGAAACACGAUGAACUGCAGCUUGCUCUGGAAAAAGCGUUCGAGCCGUUGGCUAGCUAUCUGAAGGACUUCCAGGAGCAAUUUGCAGAGUUGAUCAGCAAGGCGACUCGCGAUGAACUGGAUAAAUUUCUCAGCGAACCCCGCUCGUUUGAGGAGUAUCUGCAGAAGAUUGAGAUUUUUCAAGCGUACAACGAGAAGAUCAAGAAUCUGGUGAUGAAAGAGUACUUCUAUGUGGCCGUCGUGAAUCAAUCGGAUGCAAUCGGCAGUUUGAGAAAGAUCGUCCGGGAGUAUAUUGAGAGAAUUGCGGGAAGUAUCACGGUGGAACAUAGAAAAGAAAGCCAGCGGAUCUGCAAAGAUUUUGAAGAAAUCAAAGUCCGAGCGUUAGAGAUUCCAACGUCGACAGAACAGUUAAUGGCGAACGGAGAGUAUAUGACGCGGGCUAAGACGAUAGUGAUUGAAGAGUUGAGAGAAAGAAUUCAAGCGUCGAUGAGGAUUGGAGCCCAGUUGGUGGAGCUCAUUGAGUUACCACCAGAUCACAUGGAUGUACAGGUGGAAAGUAUCAAUUGGUAUUUCCGUAUACAAGCCAUUUUCGAUGUAAACUCCACCAAUUUUGAGUCAUACAAGUUCCAGUUCGAAGAGAAACUUCAGGAAGUUACAAAGCAAUUAGUUGAGAAGAUAGACGAAAUGAUUCCAAACAUUUCGAUCAUCAACGACAUGACGGAAACAGAUAAAUUUCGCGAUUAUGUGAUGCUUCUGCAAGGUUACAUUGAUCAGAUUUUUGUAUUCGAGGACUACGUUAAGUGGAUCAAUAAGGAAGAGGUACUGUUCAAAUUUCCUAAGUCUCAGUAUCCGGUGUUGGAAGCGAUCAAGACAUUUAUCGUACCUUUCUAUAGACUGAUCAGGCUUUGUAUUCGUUGGCUGCGCCACUACAACAUCUGGAUGGAUGGUCCUUUCGAGUAUCUCGAUCCGCAUUUCGUCGAAUCAAAAACCGAAGAAUUUUUGAAGGAAUUUCAAAAGACACAGAAAUACUAUCGCAAUCGUAUCAAGGCAGAUAUGUUGGAAAACACUCUUUGCAAGUUUAGGGGACAAACUGAGGACCCUGAUCCGGAGAAACACCCGUGUCCGCUGAAGUUAUGUGCUCGUAUGAGUCAGUCGAUCAAAGAUUUCCAUCUUGGCGUGUACAUCGUUAAUAUUAUGUGCAAUCCUGCUCUGAAGGAUCGACACUGGGAUGAGAUGUCGGAAAUUGCUGGGUUUGAUCUGACCCCGGACGCAGGAACAACGCUACGUAAGAUCAUCCAGUAUAAUAUGGAAAAAGAUUUGGACAAGUUUGAGAUAGUAAGCAUAGGUGCUAAUAAAGAGCUACAGUUGCAGAAAAAUCUGGCGGCGAUGAUAAAGGAAUGGGAAACGAUCGAGUUUAAGUUGACUCCGUUCAAGGAUACUAAUAUAAACAUUCUCUCCGGGCUGGAUGACAUUCAGUCAGUUUUGGAUGAUCACAUUAUAAAGACCUUGGCGAUGCGUGGCUCUGCUUUCGUGAAACCAUGUGAGAAAGAAGUUAGAGAAUGGUAUAAAACGUUAACCAGAGUUAACCAAACCAUCGAACAGUGGGGUAAAGUGCAAAGUAUGUGGUUGUAUUUGCUGCCGAUAUUUUCUUCGGCAGACAUUGUGGCGCAGAUGCCUAACGAAGGACGAAUGUUCCAGCAAGUAGAUAAAACGUAUCGAGUAUACAUGAAGGCCGUCGAAGGGAACCGAUCCGUUAUUAACAUAGCCGCUGGUAAAGGUGUUCUCGAAGCGUUAGAACAAUCGAAUGAGCUGAUGGAAGAAAUCACGAAUGGUGUGAACGAGUACUUGGAAAAGAAGCGACUGUAUUUUCCGAGGUUUUUUUUCCUUUCAAACGACGAAAUGCUGGAGAUUCUUUCCGAGACCAAGGACCCGUUGAGAGUUCAACCACACUUGAGCAAAUGUUUCGAAGGCAUCAAUCGGCUAGAAUUUGAUCAAGCAUUAGACAUUCUUUCCAUGUUUAGUAUCGAGAAAGAACAGGUGUAUUUUGUCGACAAGGUAUCCACUUCUGAAGCUCGUGGAAGUGUCGAGAAGUGGUUGGUUCGUGUUGAAAGUGAAAUGCUGAAUGCUGUAUCGAAUCAAAUAAACGAGAGCCAUCGAUUGUACAAAGAGAAGCAACGUAGCUCAUGGGUACUUGAUUGGCCUGGAAUGGUUGUUUUGUGUGUGUCACAAAUUUACUGGGCAUCCAAUAUUCAUUCUUGCUUGGGUAAGAAACAAAACGCCAUCUCAGAAUUUCUCCAGCAGCUGCAAAUCGAACUGAUGGAUGUUGUAACGUUGAUACGAUCGAAAGAGAUAACAAAUUUGGAUCGAAUCACGAUUAAAGCAUUGAUUGUUAUUGAUGUCCAUGCAAAGGAUGUCGUUGAUGAUAUGAUCAAGCAGCAGGUUCAUUCGGAGAACGACUUUCAGUGGUUAGCUCAGUUGCGAUACUAUUGGAGUGAAGAGCACGUCAUGGUGAAAAUAAUCAACGCGUCAGUGCGUUUUGCUUGUGAAUAUCUUGGUAACUCGGAUCGAUUGGUCAUAACUCCAUUGACCGAUCGCUGCUAUCGAACACUGAUGGGCGCGUAUCAGCUGCACUUGAAUGGAGCUCCUGAAGGCCCUGCAGGAACCGGAAAAACAGAAACAACCAAAGAUCUUGCAAAGGCUCUAGCCGUCCAAUGCAAAGUGUUCAAUUGUUCGGAUGGAUUGGACUAUAAAGCGAUGGGAAAAUUUUUCAAGGGAUUGGCAUCUUCCGGAGCGUGGGCGUGCUUCGAUGAGUUCAACCGAAUCGAACUGGAAGUACUAUCCGUAGUAGCACAACAAAUCUUGUGCAUAAUAGUGGCAGUUCGAGCUGGAUUGCAAAAAAUUGUCUUUGAAGGAACCGAGCUAAAUCUUAAUCCGGCAUGCUACGUCUGUAUUACAAUGAAUCCAGGAUAUGCAGGUCGUUCAGAGCUUCCGGACAAUCUGAAAGUUCUCUUUCGAACUGUAGCGAUGAUGGUGCCAGACUAUGCAAUGAUUGGGGAAAUUUCUCUGUAUUCCUUUGGAUUUGCCAAUGCACGCACUCUAUCCGUGAAAAUCGUUACUACUUAUCGGCUCUGUUCGGAACAACUAUCUUCGCAAAAUCAUUACGACUAUGGGAUGCGGGCAGUUAAGACAGUUUUGCAAGCUUGUGGUAAUUUGAAGAAGUCGUUUCCAGAUGAAGACGAAGAGAUUCUACUGCUUAGAUCGUUGCUAGACGUUAACUUACCGAAGUUCUUGCGGAAAGAUGUUCCACUGUUUGAAGGAAUUAUUUCGGAUUUGUUUCCUGGGAUAGAACUUCCCGACGCGGACUACACGAUGCUCACCGGUGCGUUUAAAGACGUAUGUAGAGAUUUGAAGCUACAACCUAAAGAUACUUUCCUGACGAAGGUCAUUCAAACAUAUGAAAUGAUCAUUGUGCGUCACGGGUUCAUGAUGGUAGGGCAACCUUAUUCCGGAAAAUCUAUGACAUUGAAAGUACUUGCCGAGUGUCUUAAUAAACUUAAAAGUAAAAGUGAUAAUCCGUACUUCCAACGAGUGGUAUAUGAAGUAGUGAACCCUAAAGCUAUAACCAUGGGACAGCUGUACGGUGCAUUCGAUCCUAUAUCAUAUGAGUGGACGGACGGAAUAGCAUCUACCAUUUUUCGCAGAUUUGCUAUUGAUACAAAACCCGAUCGAAAGUGGUUAAUUUUCGACGGACCAGUCGAUGCCGUUUGGAUCGAAAACAUGAACACCGUGCUGGAUGACAACAAGAAGUUGUGUCUGACCUCGGGAGAAGUGAUCACUAUGACCGGGGAAAUGUCCAUGAUAUUCGAGGUAAUGGACCUUGAACAGGCUUCACCGGCUACAGUUUCCAGAUGUGGAAUGAUUUUCAUGGAACCGUCGGUUAUUGGAUGGGAGGCGUUUACGCAGUCGUGGAUUGAAAAGUGUAAUAAACAGUGGACAACAGACUGGGAAGACUUUCUGAUGGAUAUUUUCCGUUGGGUGAUCCCGGAUUGUUUGAGAUUUAUAAGAAGACAAUGCAAGCAGUAUCUCUAUCCAGGUGAUAUCAAUUUACUAAUCUGUACGCUGAAUCUAUUUGAAAUGGUGAUCGAAGAGGCGGUUGAAGAAAGUCCCGACGAGUAUGCAAAGUUCCUUUUCACGUGGUUUCAAGCAGCGUUGAUGUAUUCUGUUGUUUGGGGUUUAGCAGGUGUUUUGAAUAUGGAAUCGAAGAUCAAGUUUGAUGAAUUUUAUCGAGAGAUGUGGAAGGGAUCGGACGAGAAUCAUCCGGUACCCGAAACUUUGGGCAAGAUAGACGUGUCGAUGCCUGGUGAGGGAAUGAUCAUCGACUAUGUGUAUCAUUUCAAGCAGAAGGGUAAUUGGCGCUACUAUCCGGACAUAGUUCGACAGAUGAAAAACGAAACUGGAAUAACGCUUCUGGUUCCUACGCUGGAUUCGGUUCGAUACAUGCACAUCAUAGAUAUUCAUAUUAAGAACCAAAAACCUCUUCUCAUGGUAGGACCAACAGGUACCGGAAAGACCUAUUAUUUUCAAAACUACCUGCUGAGCAAAAUGGAUCAGGAAUCAUUCCUCCCAACUCUGAUCACAUUUACUUCUCAGAUAACGGCCAAUCAAACUCAAGAGCUUAUUAUUUCGAAAUUAAUCAAAAAGAAAAGGGGUCUAUAUAGACCAUCUGGCAGCAAAACCUGUGUUCUGUUUAUAGACGACAUGAACAUGCCAGCGAAAGAAAUCUAUGGAGCACAGCCGCCAAUUGAACUAAUUCGACAAUACUUCGAUUACGGACACUGGUAUGACCUAAAAGAUGCAUCGCCUUUGUUUCUACAGAACAUCCUUGUGAUGGCAGCAUGUGGACUGCCCGGAGGAAGUCGUCAGAAUGUUUACGAAAGAUUCUUGUGUCACUUUGAUAUAUUUGCAAUCAGUAAUUUUAACGACGAAACAAUGUUCAAGAUAUAUACAAACGUUCUUAUCGAUGGUUACAAGAAGGGCGGUCAUGCUACAGACGUCACAACGAUGGUAAACAUGAUUGUAAAUGCUACCCUGGACACGUACCAAUUUGCGUGUGCCAAGCUGCUACCAACGCCGGCUAAGUCGCAUUAUAUUUUCAACUUGCGAGACGUCUCACGAGUAGUAAGUGGCUGCUCAAUGUUGAAACGUGAGUCUGUUGAGAGUAAAAAAAUAUUUCCGAAACUUUGGAUGCACGAAGCAAUGCGCGUUUUUUACGAUCGGUUAGUGGACGAUGCGGAUCGAUUGUUCGUUAUCGAUAAAUUGAAUCAAAAUUUGAAAGGAUUCUUUAAAGAGAAACCUGAACAACUUUUAUUGGAUUUUUUCAAUCCACAGACUGGAGCGAUACAACUAGGUAAUCUGAAUAAUCUAAUCUUCGGAAGCUACUUCGAUGUUGAUGCCGAAAUGGAAGAUCGCAAGUACGAGGAGAUUCCGCAGAUGGAACAGUUUCGAGAUUUAGCUAAACGGGAUUUGGCGGAGUACAAUAGUAUGCACAAAGCAAAAAUGGAUAUCGUGCUGUUUCAGUACGCGUUACAGCAUCUCAACAAAAUUUGCCGUAUUAUGUCUAUGUCUGGUGGAAGCUGUAUGCUGAUCGGAAUGGCAGGUUCCGGAAGACAGUCGCUAACGAAGUUGGCAGCUCAAAUUUGUGGUCAGUCGUUGAUGCAGCCGGAGAUUACAAGAUAUUACGGCAUUAACGAAUGGCGUGAAGAUUUGAAAAAAGUGCUACGGGAAGCUGGAGGGAUGGGGCGUGAUACAGUGUUUUUGCUUACCGAAGCUCAGUUGAAGGAAGAAGCAUUUCUUCAGGACAUCGAUUGUCUUCUUAACCUUGGUGAAGUUCCCAAUAUUUUUCCAGUGGAUGAGAAGCAAGAGAUUCUGGAAAUGGUCCGGCUAGCCGCUCAAGGAGGAAAUCGAAACCUUGACAUUAGUCCUCUUGAAGUUUUCCAGUUCUUUGUCAAUCGUUGCAAGCAAAAACUGCACAUUGUAAUCUGUUUCAGUCCCAUUGGAUCAGCUCUAAGGACAAGGAUUCGUCUUUAUCCAUCACUAGUGAAUUGUUGCACAAUCGAUUGGUUCGAUGCUUGGCCGGAAGAUGCACUGGAUAGCGUUGCCGAAAUGUAUAUGAAAGAGCUCGACGUAGUUGCCGAAAUCAAGGAAUCCAUAGUGGUAACAUGCAAACAUUUCCACGUUAUUGCGCGAGAAGCGUCGACGGAGUUCACUAGUACUACAGGCCGAAUUACUUACGUUACGUCUGCGUCAUAUCUAGAGUUAAUAAAAUGUUUUCGAAAUCUGACCAAAAAGCAUCAAACGGAAAUCAUGGAAAAUAAGAUGCGUUAUUUGGGUGGUCUUGAUAAACUGGAAGCCGCUGCGGCAGCCGUAUCCGUAAUGCAGAAGGAAUUGAACGCCCUGCAGCCAACGCUUAUCGUAAUGGCAGAGCAGUCACGGAAAAUGACGGAAGAAAUCGAGAAAGAAUCCAUUGAGGCGGCUGUUGCUACAUCACAAGUGAAGAAAGACGAAGUGGUUGCCAACGUGCAGGCUGCCGAAGCACAGAUGCUGAAAGCUGACUGCGAAAAAGAUUUGGCAGGCGCCAUUCCGAUUUUAGAAGAAGCGAUUCAGGCAUUGAACACUUUGAAACCUAAUGACAUAUCGCUGGUGAAAUCGAUGAAGAACCCACCGGAAGUCAUUAAGCUUGUCAUGGCUGCGGUAUGUGUGAUGAAGGGUAUUGCACCAGACAAGGUGGCCGAUCAAGCGACUGGUAAGAAAAUAAUAGAUUACUGGGGUCCAAGCAAGCGUUUACUCGGAGAUAUGGCAUUCUUGCAAACGUUGAAAGAUUUUGAUAAGGACAACAUAAACCCUGAUAUCAUGAAAAAAAUCCGAAAGGAAUACAUUCCACACAAAGACUUCCAGCCUCAUAUUGUAUCGAAAGCGUCAAGUGCAGCCGAAGGUUUGUGCAAAUGGAUCAUUGCUAUGGAUUUGUACGAUGCUGUGGCGAAAAUUGUGGCUCCAAAGAAAGAAAAACUUAGACUAGCGGAAAAAGAGUAUUCUGAAACUAUGGCGCUAUUGAACGAGAAAAGGCAACUCGCUAUCAAUCUUGAGCGAAGGGUUGCCGAAUUGAAUGAUAACUUGGAUGAAGCAAACCAUCGGAAGCAGGAAGUGGAAGAAGAGGUUCAACUAUGCAAGGAUAAACUACAGCGAGCCGAAACACUGAUAGGAGGUCUCGGUGGUGAGAAGAACAGAUGGAUACAUUCAGCGGAGAAGCUUCAACAGUUGUAUGAUAGCUUGGCUGGUGAUAUUCUGGUUUCGAGUGGAGUGAUCGCUUAUCUUGCUCCUUUGAAUACAGAUUAUCGGAACCACUGUAUUGUAAAUUGGCAUGAGUUUGUUCGUAGGAUGAAGAUACCGUGCUCGGAAACUUACAGCUUAUUGGAUAUUCUUGGAUCGAUGAUCAAGAUUCAAAACUGGAACAUUGCGGGACUACCUACAGAUGCGUUCUCGACAGAAAACGGUAUAAUAAUGGACAGUUCCACCCGAUACAGCUUAUUCAUCGACCCGCAAUUUCAAGCAAACAAAUGGAUCAGAAACAUGGAAAGGAAUAAUCAUUUGCAGAUCAUGAAAUUUUCCCAAGCCGACUACAUGAAACGGUUAGAGUCAUGCAUCGAGAACGGUUAUCCAGCACUGAUUGAAAAUAUCUUCGAAGAUUUAGAAGCCCCUUUGGAUCCACUUUUGAACCGUAACACCUUCGUUCAGGGUGGAGUUGAGUAUCUUAGCUUAGGGGAUAACGUGAUAGCAAUGUCACCUAAGUUUCGGCUUUAUUUGACAACGGGAUUGAGAAAUCCGCACUAUCUACCGGAGGUCUUCAAUAAAGUGACUAUAAUUAAUUUCGCUCUCACGAUGCAGGGCUUGGAGGAUCAAUUGCUUGGGAUUGUCGUUGCUAAGGAAAGGCCAGAUCUUCAGGAACUUCGUCAAACUUUAAUACUUGAAGGAGCGAAGAACGUUACCAUGUUGAAAGAGGCGGAAGACAAAAUUUUGAAGACACUAUCCGAGACUAAGGGUGAUAUCCUUGAAGAUGAAAGUGCAGUCAAAAUUUUAGAUGAAUCAAAACGAAUUUCGACAGAUAUAGUACGAAAACAGAAGGAUUCUAAAGAAAUUGAAACGAAAAUUGAAGCAUUUCGACAGAGCUACCGACCAGUUGCUGCUCAUUCGUCAAUUCUGUACUACUGUAUUACAGAGUUGCCAAAUAUCGACCCGAUGUAUCAAUUUUCUCUGGCGUGGUUCGUGCAUUUGUAUAUUUACUCUAUCGAAAAUGCCAAUCGAACGAAGGAUCUUCUCCGAAGGUUGAAAUUUUUAAUGGACGCUGUUACAUUGAAUCUGUAUAGUAAUGUUUGCAGAUCGCUGUUUGAAAAAGACAAACUUUUAUUCUCGUUCAUUUUAACUACGAACAUUAUGAUAUCAUGUCACCAAAUCGACUCGAAAGAGUUUGAAUAUUUACUGAUCGGUGGUGAGAAAAAUACGACACAGCUACAAAAUCCAGACAAUAGUUGGAUAACCGAAAAACUAUGGGAAGAUAUUUGUCGUCUACAACAGUUGCCCGAAUUUUCUGGGUUCGUUAAUAGUUUUUUAAAAAAUAAGAAUAUCUGGAGACGGUAUUAUGACACCGAAGAUACACAUACUGAACAACUUCCCAGUCCCUGGCAAGAGAAAACUAAUCGCUUCGAAAAAUUGAUCGUAUUGCGGGCGUUUAGACCUGACAAGUUAGUUCUGGCGAUAACCGAGUUCGUAGCCUCCGAGAUGGGCCCAGCAUACGUGCUACCACCGCCUUUCGACAUAGCAAGAUCCUACGAAGAUUCAAAUUGCUUAACUCCACUGAUUUUCAUUCUUUCUCCCGGUGCUGAUCCAAUGAAUGCCUUAUUACUGUUUGCCGAAAAGAUGGGAUUCGUCGAAACGUUCCAAUCGAUAUCACUUGGACAAGGACAAGGACCCAUCGCACAGAAAAUAAUCGAACGGGCACAAACCGAGGGAACGUGGGUUUGUCUACAGAACUGUCAUUUGGCUGCUUCUUGGAUGCCGACAUUGGAAUUUCUCUGGGAGAACAUGGAUCUAUACAAUACGGUAUCUUCUUUCCGGUUAUGGCUAACGAGUUAUCCGUCGGAACAAUUUCCCACUAGUAUUCUGCAAAAUGGCAUUAAAAUGACCAACGAGCCGCCAACCGGAUUGCAACAGAACUUACUACGUUCAUAUAACUCGGAACCAAUGAAUGAUGACACGUUUUAUACUGGUUGUGCAGGAAAAGACCGAGCAUUUUCUAAGCUUCUCUAUGGAAUUUGCUUCUUCCAUGCAGUUGUACAGGAACGCCGAAAAUUUGGUCCGCUUGGAUGGAAUAUUCAGUAUGGGUUCAAUGAAUCCGAUUUCCAAAUCUCUGUGCUUCAGCUACAGAUUUUUCUCAACCAGUACGAUGAUAUUCCCUAUAAUGCAAUCUCGUACUUGACCGGAGAGUGCAACUACGGUGGUCGUGUGACGGAUGCAUGGGAUCGUCGAGCGAUCAUCACAAUCCUAGCUGACUAUGUUAACGAAAGGGUUGUAGGUGACCCGAAUUAUCGCCUUUCGAAUCAAGGCGAUUGCUAUGCCAUUCCGUUGAGGAAUGAACAUAGAGAGUACGUGGCUCACAUAGGAAACAAUGUCCCCAAUUAUCCUAGUUCUGCGGUUUAUGGACUUCAUCCGAAUGCGGAAAUAACACGAGAUUUGAACGCAGCCAGUGUGUUGCUGGAUUCUGUACUGUUAACCCAAGCUGGUUCGUCUGAGAAAAGUGACGUUGACAAAGAAAAGCAAAUUUUAGUGACCAUUGAGAAUAUUGAGAGUCGUCUACCACCUGAUUUUGACAUUGAAUUGGCAAAAGAAAAGUAUCCAGUUGACUAUAGUGAGUCCAUGAAUACUGUUUUGGUUCAGGAGAUGGAACGAUUCAACAAUUUGCUACAGGAAAUUCGUUCCAGCUGUACGAACCUAAAAAAAGGAAUCGCUGGGUUGAUUGUGUUGACUCCGGAGUUGGAGGCUGUGUAUCAUUCUCUCAAUUAUAAAAAGAUUCCUGACAGUUGGAUGAAAAAGUCUUAUCCAAGUUUGAAACCGAUUGGAACAUACAUUAGUGAUUUUCUGGAACGAUUGGCAUUCCUGGAAUCUUGGUAUCGGAUGGGAAAACCGAACGUGUUUUGGAUAUCUGGUUUUUACUUUACUCAGGCUUUCCUCACAGCAGCAAUGCAAAAUUAUGCUCGCAAGUAUCAUAUCCCGAUAGACAUCCUAACCUUUGAUUUCGAUGUAUUACGUGUCACAUCUGUUAUUUCAACGCCUGAAAAUGGUGUGUACAUUCAUGGACUUUUCUUGGAAGGAGCAAAGUGGAACGUUAGAGGAAGUUAUCUAGAAGAACAGCUUCCCAAGAUGCUCAUUGAUGUUAUGCCGAUAAUUCAUCUGAUUCCCAAGAAAACUUCAGAGCUUGAUGAAGGAGGCCGAUACAAGUGCCCGGUUUACAAAACGGCAGAGCGGAAGGGUACGUUAUCAACAACUGGUCAUUCAACUAACUAUGUAAUUCCAAUAUUGCUGGGAACACGGCUACCAAGUGGUCACUGGGUUAAACGAAGUGUAGCGUUACUAUGUCAGACAUCUGAGUGAUUUUUUAUACAGUUCAUUGUAAAUGUUUGUAUUUUUAAUUUCGAAAGAAACAAUAUUCAUAA